AGCUGGGGCUGGGGUCCCUGGGGGGCAUCCUCUCUGCUGGGGGUGCUGGGCACAGCCUGGGCUGGCUCCGAGGCUUAUCGCCUUCCCCUUCUCCCCCCGCUGCAGGGUCUGAGCUGACUGCCGGACCAGGAUGAGCUGGAGUUUCCUGACGCGGCUCCUAGAGGAGAUCAACAACCACUCGACCUUCGUGGGCAAGAUCUGGCUGACGGUGCUUAUCGUCUUCCGCAUCGUGCUGACGGCGGUCGGCGGCGAGUCCAUCUACUACGACGAGCAGAGCAAGUUCGUGUGCAACACGCAGCAGCCGGGCUGCGAGAACGUGUGCUACGACGCCUUCGCGCCCCUGUCCCACGUCCGCUUCUGGAUCUUCCAGAUCAUCAUGGUGGCCACCCCGUCCGUGCUCUAUCUGGGCUUCGCCAUGCACCGCAUCGCCCGCACCCCUGACCCGCGGCGCCGGGCAUGCAUGCCCGUCGUGCGCCGCGGCGCCGGGCGGGACUACGAGGAGGCAGAGGACGAUAAUGAGGAGGACCCAAUGAUCUUCGAGGAGAUCGAGGCUGAGCGGGAGAGGAAGGGUGGGGAGGACGGCAGCGAGAAGCACGACGGGCGCCGGCGCAUCAAGCAGGAUGGGCUGAUGCGGGCCUACGUGCUGCACCUGCUGUGCCGCGCGGGGCUGGAGGUGGCCUUCCUGGGCGGGCAGUACCUGCUGUACCAGUUGGAGGUCAGCCCCUCCUACGUGUGCUCUCGCGGCCCUUGCCCCCACACUGUCGACUGCUUCGUCUCGCGGCCCACCGAGAAGACCAUCUUCCUGCUGAUCAUGUACGCGGUCAGCGGGCUGUGCCUCCUGCUCACCCUCUGCGAGCUCUGCCACCUGGGUGUGGGCCGCCUCCGGGACGCGCUGGGACGCGGCAGCGAGCUCCCACCCCCUGACGGCACCCACCCCACGCCGCACUACGCCAAGAAGGCACCCAGCGCACCCCCCACCUACCACUCGCUGAAGAAGGAGCCCCUGGCCCUGAAGGCCCCGCUGGCCCACGACAAGCUGGACUACGGGGACCCCCUCGGUGGUGUGGGGGCCCCUCCAAAGCACGAGCUGGAGCGGCUGUGCAAGCACCUGCGGCUGGCUCAGGAGCACCUGGAGAUGGCCUUCCACCUGCAGCCCACGCUGGAGACCGCCAGCCCCUCGCGUAGCAGCAGCCCCGAGGCCAACGGCAUCGCCGCCGAGCAGAACCGCCUCAACUUCGCCCACGAGAAGGAGGGCGGCCUCUGCGAGCGGGUCACAGGGCUGUGAGCGGCUGUGUCACACCAGGGCCCAUGGAGACGGCGAUGGUGCUCUGUGACCACGUGUGCUCUGGAUGAGUCCCCUGCGGACGGAUGGCAGCCUGUGUCGGGGGCUGCGGCCCCUCCCUCUCCCGUGGGGUGGGGUGGACUGGUGGGGUGUUCCGGUGCCCGGCCUGGCUGGGAGGGGCCAUAGGAACUUGCCUUCCUUUGCUUUUUUACUUUUUUUAAAAGGGAAUAUCUUAUUUUUGUACAUUUGCUAGAUUGCCCUGCGUGUGCCCUGGCCCCUGCCCUGCCCCUGGCACAGGACCCUCCCUGCUUCCUCCAGCCAUGUGCUGCUGUGGGGAAGGGCCCGUGGGGGUCCCCGUGGAUGAAGGGGGCUGACAAGCUGGUGCUUCCCCAUGGCAGCAGGGGCUCAUGCAGGGUCCAGCUGCUUGGGGCCCUCCUGCCAGCAGCAUCCAGCUCGCUCGCCCGGUCUAUCCGCAGGGAGCGCGGGUUUGGUGGCCAGCCUCGGGGGCCGCAGCUCUGCUGUGGGAGGCACCUUCACCCCCUGCACUAGGUACGAAAGGCUGCGACUGCCCCUGGCAGUGGCUAACUGUGCAUGGGGGGCUGAGGGGCGCCCAGCUCCCUGCAGGCAGGGCUCUGCCCCCAGCCUGCCCCCCCGCCGGUGCCUGGCUUCUGCUUGCGGUGGAAGCGGACGGCGUCCAGACCAAAGUUGAUCCUGUCACAUUCCAGGCCUCAGGGCCCCCCGGGGCGGGGGGAUGCACCAGGCAGGUUGGCAGGGUCUGGGCCUGGCUCACGCGGGUGUUUUGUACCUUUUUUUUUUACUUGAUCAAUUGGUGAAGUCUUUUUAUAUUUAGUAAAACCUGCAAAUGUUUUGUAUGGAG